AUGGAAUCGUACCUGGUUGGGGAAGAUUUGUGGGACAACGUUGUAGACGAUGAUGAUGUAGCUCAUAAGGAUGUUGCUAAAAAUGCGGAAACAUCGAAGAAGCGGAAGAGACUCAACACAAAGGCAGAAUUUGUGUUAAAGAGGUCAAUCUCCCACAAUCUGUUUGAGCACAUCAUCGGUUGUGGAUCUGCUCGCGAGAUAUGGGAAACGCUUUAUCGUCUUUUCAAUAAGAAGAACGAGGCUCGUCUCCAAAUACUUGAAAACGAGUUGGCAGCCGCAAAGCAAAUCGGAUCUGUCUCGGAUUUCUUUCUUAAGGUAAAGAAUAUUUGCUCAAAAGUUUCUUUAUUGAACCCAAAUGAGAAAAUAUCAGAGGCUCGAACAAAGAGGCAUAUUGUUCGAGGACUUCGACCCGAAUAUACACCAUUCAUCACCUCGAUUCAAGGUUGGUCUCAACAACCUUCACUCGAGGAGUUUGAAAAUCUCUUGUCAUCUCAAGAGUCGUUGGCCGCACAAAUAACUAGAACGAGUAUAAAGGAGGAGUCGAAUAGUGCGUUGCUCGUGAAGAAAUCGAGUUGGAAAAAUGGAAAGUCAAAGAAGGAAGAAACAUGUCAAGAUUCUUCAAAUAUUCCUAAGAAGUCCCUUAAGUGUUUCAGGUGCGGCAAGACUAGACACUUCAAGAGAGAUUGUCGAGUAAAUUUGAAUGGAAAUUUUGUUAGUUCAAAUCUCGGAGAAAAGUCUAACCAACGUGUUGAGGAGGACUAG